GUUUUCAGUAUCCUGCCACUGUCGGGUGAGCUACAGCAGGGAGAGAGACAGGAGGUCUCCUUCACCUUCACUGGCCACCUCAACACCAUGGCCCAAGUCACAGCGCUGUGCCAUGUGGAAGGAGGCCCCACCUAUGAGGUGAAGCUGACCGGGGAGGCCUCACGCAUCAGCUACUCCCUGAGUGCCCGGGAGAUCAACUGCGGCUCCCAGAUAUUUAAUGAAAUUCGUCACAGCACAAUCACCCUGGCAAACACUAGCAAGAUUGAAUUCAACUGGGUGCUAAAACCCAGAACUGCAGAUCAAGAUCUGCCUGGUGUGUUUCUGGUCCAGCCCACCACU